AUGAAAGUCUCACUUGCGUCAGGCGCAAGCCUUCUCGCCUCCCUUUGUUACACCAUCGUCUGUGCUGCUCAAUCAACUUCGACCUCAACUCCUACUCCCUCAUCCACCACCUUCGUUGAUGAGCCCACUGUCUCUAUUCAUGGGUACGGAACACUCCAAGGCAAUCGCUCACAGUAUGUAAACUCGGUCUACAAUUUCAAGGGCGUUCCCUAUGCUGCUGCACCCACGGGCCAAUAUCGCUGGAAACAUCCCCCACAUCCAGUCCCAUGGAAUGACACUCGAGAUGCCACUCAGUUCAGUUUACCCUGCCCACAGCCAGGCGUCGGCAACUACAGUGAAGACUGUCUCUAUCUCAACGUAUGGACGCCAGAAAAUGCAACACUCAACGACGUCUACUCCAGCACGGUUGGCGCAGGGGUGCUGCCAAAUGCCACCAACAGCCAGUAUCCUGUAUACGUCUGGAUCUAUGGAGGAAGAUUUGCAGGUGGUGCCUCCAGCGAUUCUAUCUACGAUGGUGCUGGACUUGCAGCCAAAGGAGUUGUUGUUGUCAGCAUGAACUAUCGUCUUGGAGCUCUUGGAUUCCUUGCACACCCAGAGUUGAGUGCCAACUCAUCUAGCGGCACAUCUGGUAAUUAUGGCCUCGUUGACCAGCAAGCAUCUCUCCACUGGACAAUUGAGAACUGUGCUGCCUUUGGUGGCGAUCCCACCCGAAUUACCAUUGGAGGUCAGUCCGCGGGCGCAGCUUCAGUCAUCGAACACCUCAAUAGCCCGCUUGCAGCUGGUCUCUUCACUCAAGUCAUUGCAGAAAGCGGCGUCCGUUACCCUUCUGAUCCUCUUAUUGGAAGUCUCGCUCAAAGCUAUCGCCAACUAGCUGAAGCAGAAACGCAAGGCGCGGCUUACAUCACAACGCUGAACGUCAGCAGCAUAAACGAAGCUCGAGACCUGCCUGUUGAGGCUUUCCUGUCAUCUGGGAGCCUAAGUGACACGACCUAUGUUGGCACAGUCUUUCAGAACAAUUCUAAUUACAUGGAACCUCCCCUGUUUCGCCCAGUUCUAGAUGGCUAUGUCCUCCCGGCAACAUACCAGUCCCUCCUGUCUUCGGGAAAUCAUUCUAUCGUCCCAGUACUCACCGGAAACAACAAAGACGAGAGUGGUGCAAGUCCCAGUCCCGGACUCAGUGUAGCAAACUACACUUCCAUUAAUCAAUUAGAUUUCGGUAGUGUUGGUCUUGCAGACGAGUUCCUCGCUCUCUACCCUGCUGGCAACAGCUCUACCAGCGCAGACAACUCCAGCAAUGCUUUCUACCGCGACCAAAGCCGGACCGGCACCUGGCUCUGGGCAAGCGAGUACACUUCUGGCUCCCAAAACUUCUCUAGCAAUACAGGCAAUUUCACAGCGUACACAUAUUACUGGACCCAUGCGCCUCCGGGGCAAAGUCGUGGAGCAUACCACAUGAGCGAGAUCAACUAUGCUUUCAACAACUUGUACGGGACAAAUUCACCGUGGACGGCGGAAGAUUAUGUGAUUGCGGAUACGAUGUCGAGUUACUGGGCGAAUUUUAUAAAGAAUGGAGAUCCGAAUGGAGACGGAUUGGUGGCUUGGCCUGCGAGUACUGCGGAUAGUGCUGUGACGAUGGAGCUGGGUGAUGCUUUUGAGGUCAUACCAGUUGCGAACUCGUCAAACAUUGCGUUUGUAAAGGAAUGGUUUACCAAGUGGCCCGUAUACUGA